AUGGUGGAGAAGCAGAAAAGCCGGACCGACAGUCUGGCAGGGCACGGGAAGGAGGCGGUGAGGACAGGCCGUCCAAGAAAGGCGAAACAGCAAUAUCGCCACGUUCCGACGGGCAAACAGAUCCGUUCACCUAUGGCCUCCGUUGGAUCCGCAUCAGCACAGCAGCAGGUCUCUGGCUCGCUCUCUUCUUCGCCUCGUGUCUCAAUCGCGACGACUCAGGCGGCGGAGGAACCCCUUCCACCAAUUUCCCGCUGCCGGGGAGGACUCGCGGUGGCAGUGGCGGCGGGAACAGGAAGUUUUCCAGCAGCAGUGCGUUUACUGGCGGUCCUGACAGCUGAGACCGAUUGUUAG